AUGCCUGACAACGGGCAUGAACUGGCCGAGUCCAAGCUUCCCACAACCCAUGACAACUCGACUGCGAAUGUUAACAACGAGACGGAUGUUCAAUUGUCAGACGACACUUCCAACGAAGAUGGAUACUGGGGUGAUACAUAUGCCGACGGGCCAGUCAGUCAACGAGCUGCACGAGAAGGCUUCAAAGAACUACAGCAUGAGUUGAGCCGACGAAGCACCAAUGCAUCAGCAGCGCAGAAGAAAAAAUCCAGCGGUGGCAUUGUCGGGCGAAUCUUCUCCAACCAGAGCCGCCAAGUUGAUCCAGAGAAGCAGGCCUCACCCGACGCCGACGAGGCAGAUAGCGAGCGCACCGCACACGCAGACGGCUUUGAGCUCGAGCAAUUCAUCCGUGAAGGACACCUAGAGAAACGAAACCCGCAAAACGGCGAAUCCACCAAGAAAGUAGGAGUCCUCUUCAAGAACCUAACGGUGAAGGGCGUGGGAGUCAGUGCAACCAGUGUGCGAACCCUUCCCCAGGCCAUUGCUGGCACAUUCGGUCCAGACUUGUACAACUUUGUGUCUAGUUGGAUUCCUGCGCUCAACUUCCGCAGCCCUGGAAAACCUCGAGACUUGAUUCGCGAUUUCACGGGUGUAGUUCGACCCGGUGAGAUGAUGCUUGUGCUGGGACGACCUGGCGCCGGCUGCAGCACGUUCCUCAAGGUCGUUGCCAACAACCGCGGCUCAUACCAAGCUGUUGAAGGAGACGUCGUGUACGGAGGAAUUACAUCGUCUAAAAUGGGCAAGAGAUUCCGUGGUGAAGCAGUCUACAAUGCUGAGGAUGAUCAACACAUGCCCAGUCUCACAGUUGGCCAGACGCUCAAGUUUUCGCUGCUUACGAAGACGAAGAAGAAUGAGCGCAGCAACAUUGACGUGAUUGUCGAUUCUUUCCUCAAGAUGUUUGCCAUGUCUCAUACUAAGGAUACACUGGUUGGAGACGCCUUUACUCGCGGCGUGUCUGGCGGUGAGCGCAAGCGUGUCAGUAUUGCUGAGACGCUGGCAACCAAGAGCACUGUCACUUGCUGGGAUAAUUCGACUCGUGGCCUCGAUGCAUCUACUGCGUACAACUACGCCAAGUCGCUGCGUAUCAUGACCGAUGUGUCUGAUCGGACUACCCUGACGACGUUGUACCAGGCUGGUGAGGGUAUCUACGACCUCAUGGACAAGGUGCUUGUGAUUGACGAGGGACGCAUGCUGUACCAAGGUCCCGCCAGUGAAGCCAAGCAAUACUUUGUCGAUCUUGGAUUUUACUGCCCCCCUCGACAGACUACAGCCGAUUUCCUGACGUCGGUGUGCGAUGUCAACGCUCGUCAGUUCCGCGAGGGAUUCGAAGACCGCUGCCCCAAGACUGCCGAGGAACUGGAAAAGGCGUUCCGUGAAAGUCAUGCGUAUCAAGUUGUUCUCGACGACGUGGCUAGCUUCGAGAAGCACAUCACCGACACCGGACACUCCGACGCCCAGACAUUCGUCGACUCCGUACGAGGCGCCAAGUCCAAGACUGUCUUGAAGCAGUCCGUCUACACAGUCAGUCUCUGGAAGCAGGUUUUGGCAUGCACCCGUCGUGAAUUCUGGCUCAUCUGGGGCGACAAAACCUCUCUAUACACUAAAUUCUUCGUUAUCAUCAGCAACGGUCUCAUCGUCGGUUCACUCUUCUACAACACACCCACCAACACCAGCGGUGCUUUCUUGCGCGGCGGUGUGGCCUUCUUCUCCAUCUUGUUCCUCGGUUGGUUGCAGCUGUCUGAGCUGAUGAAAGCCGUGUCCGGACGAGCAAUCAUCAGUCGUCACAGCGAGUAUGCCUUUUAUCGACCUAGUGCUGUCAGUCUGGCCCGCGUGCUGGCUGAUCUGCCGAUGCUUAUUGUCGAGGUCAUUAUAUUUGGUCUGAUUAUGUACUUCAUGACUGGGCUGGAUUUGUCGGCUGGAAAGUUCUUCAUCUAUCUGCUCUUUGUCUACGUCACCACCAUUUGCUUGACUGCGCUGUACCGAAUGUUUGCUGCUGUGUCUCCAACCAUGGAUGACGCGGUGCGAUUUUCUGGCAUUGCGCUCAAUCUCUUGAUCGUGUAUACUGGUUAUACUCUUGCUAAGCCUAUUCUCCUCAACCAGAAGAUCUGGUUUGGAUGGCUGUACUAUGUUAACCCGAUUAGUUAUGCGUUCGAAGCUGUUCUUACCAACGAGUUUGCCGGACGUACUAUGGAAUGUGCACCGUCGCAGCUUGUUCCCCAGGGUCCAGGUAUUCUGCCCGAGAAUCAGGGUUGCGCCAUUGCUGGUUCGCAUCCGGGUAGUCCUCAGGUCCCAGGAUCAGAGUACUUGUCUUCACAGUUCGAGUACAGCCGGUCACACUUGUGGCGCAACUUUGGCAUUCUUCUUGCGUUUACGGUAGGAUAUAUUGGACUGACGGUACUGGCUACGGAAAAGUUCUCUUUCGCUGGCUCAGGCAUGGGGGCCUUGGUCUUCAAGUCUGCCAAGAAGCCUAAGCAGGUGGCAAAGGCACAGAACAAGACUGAUGAAGAACACACUCAGCCUGAUGAGCUUACUGCCGCUGCUAUAGCACGCCAGAGAACCCCCGAUGAAGUGCUAGAAGCUUUCAACCGAAGUGAACAGAUAUUCACCUGGGAAAACAUCAGCUACACUGUACCGACUCCCCAAGGACCCAAGAAGCUGCUCAACGAUAUCAACGGUUAUGCCAAACCCGGCGUGUUGGUUGCCCUCAUGGGUGCAAGUGGUGCUGGCAAGACAACUCUCCUCAACACUCUGUCUCAACGCCAGACAGUUGGUGUUGUAGAAGGUAACAUGCUCGUUGAUGGAUCCGCUCUGGCCUCCGACUUCCAGCGUCGAACCGGGUUUGUCGAGCAGAUGGACUUGCACGAGGGAUCGGCAACCGUACGUGAAGCUCUUGAGUUUUCUGCCCUCCUCCGCCAGAGCCGAGAUGUUCCGCGCGAAGAGAAGUUAGAGUACGUCGACAAAGUCAUCGAUCUUCUGGAAUUGAAUGAGAUUCAGGACGCUGUUGUUGCUUCCCUUGGCGUCGAACCAAGAAAGCGACUGACAAUCGGUGUUGAAUUGGCUGCCAAACCUUCUUUGCUGCUCUUCCUGGACGAACCUACAAGUGGUCUCGACUCACAGGCCGCAUAUUCCAUCGUGCGCUUCCUCCGAAAGCUCUGUGCCUCGGGACAAGCCAUCGUUUGCACUAUCCACCAGCCUUCUUCCGAACUCAUCGAACAGUUUGACAAGAUUCUCGCUCUCAAUCCCGGCGGCAACAUCUUCUACUUUGGCCCCGUUGGCCAUAAUGGCCAAGCUGUCGUCGAUUACUUCGAUGCCCGUGGCGCGCACUGCCCAGAGGGUAAGAACAUCGCCGAGUUCCUCAUCGAAACUGGUGCUCGCGCCGAUGCCCGUGAACACUGGAAUGAGCAAUGGCGUCAAUCCGAUGAGAACAAGGCCCUCAUCGCGGACAUUCAGAAGAUUAAACAGCAGCGACUGCAGGAGGCAUCUUCUUCCACUGAGGAAGUCUUGUCGCAUGAAUUCGCUGCCCCGGUCUCAGAGCAGAUCAAGUUGCUGUCGAAGCGCAUGUUCAUUAACCAGUGGCGUCAACCAUCCUACAUUUACGGCAAGUUCUUCACUGCUGUGAUUGUCGGAAUCUUCAACGGUUUCACAUUCUGGAAGUUGGGAGAUACUGUCAACGACAUGCAGAGCCGCAUGUUCACGUCUUUCCUUAUCCUGCUUAUUCCCCCGACGGUGCUCAAUGCCAUCCUUCCCAAGUUUUACAUGGAUCGUGCGCUUUGGGAAGCUCGUGAGUAUCCUAGCCGUAUUUACGGAUGGGUUGCAUUCUGCACAUCUUCGAUUCUGUCUGAGAUUCCGGGCUCUCUUCUCGCGGGCGUCAUCUACUGGGCGUUGUGGUACUGGCCCACUGGCUUGCCUACCGAUUCUUUGACGUCUGGCUACGUAUUCCUGAUGACGGUUCUUUUCUUCUUGUUCCAGUCGAGCUGGGGUCAGUGGAUUUGCGCGUGGGCUCCCAGCUUCACUGUUAUUAGCAACGUUUUGCCAUUCUUCUUGGUUAUGUUCUCGCUCUUUAAUGGCGUUGUUGUGCCUUAUGAGCAGCUGAAUGUUUUCUGGAGAUAUUGGCUCUACUAUUUGAACCCCAGUACCUACUGGAUCAGUGGUGUCCUCGCCACAACCUUGGCCCAUCAGCCCGUCAAGUGUGCCAGCAACGAAGCCGCCUACUUCAAUCCCCCCUCGGGCAAGACCUGUAGCGAAUUUGCGAUGGAUUUCGUGAAGCGAGCGGGACAGGACUAUCUUGUCAAUCCGAAUGACACCGAGAACUGCAGCUACUGCCCGUAUGCCAGUGGAGCGGAGUACUUGGCUGGUCUGAACAUUGAACCUAGCCAGAAAUGGAGAGAUCUGGGCAUCUUUAUCGCUUUCUGCAUUUCCAACUGGAUGCUGGUUUACUUCUUCAUUUACACUGUCCGAGUUCGACGAUGGAACUUUGGCAUGGGGUACAUUUUCAAGUUUCUUUAA